UUUGAAACAGGAUUUUAUGAGAACAAACAAUCAAAGUUGGAAAAAAAAACACUUUGAUGAUGAAAAAACUCUCUCAAUAUACAUUUUAGGAUUUAUUCUUGAUGAGUACGGCAACAAACCGGUUGGUGAAACAGUAGUAUCUGUUAACUUCUUUACUGUCACCCAGAAAAGAAAAAAACACAUUGUUUUCCUGUUUGCCACUGAGAGCAUCUCUCAGCAGCUAUCAAACAUUAAGGAAGCAAGCAAGGGCAAAACAAAGAUGUCAGAUAUUUCAGAGGAAGAGUGGAAAACAUCUCUGACCUCCAUCCUGGAGGAACUGGAUUCGCAACAGUACAGUAAGAUGCUGGAAUGUCUGAAAAAAAUCCCAAAAGGUCAGAAAACUACCAGAUCCAGAGAAAAGAUGCCCCAAAAAAUCAUUGAGCACUAUGGUCUAGAAGAGUCUAUUAAUGCAAUCAAGGAUGCCAUGGAUCAGGUACCAAGGAGGGACAGCACAGUCCAGGACCUACUGCGCCCCUUUCUGGACAAAUUGAGGAACAAACAUGAAGAAAGGAGCAAGGAAAAGAAAAGGAAACAUGAUCCAUUGGAGGAGAAUGGAGAAAGGCCUGCAGCAGAUCAAAAGAAGAGCUGUCGCACUGACAAGGAGACAAACAGUCGUUCCUGGGAGAAAUCCAUCAGUGAUCUGAAAUCCAGCAGUGAACUUCUUGACACACACGUCAUUGCUGGGAAAGUUGUUCAGAAAUCCGGUCUGCGCACAUAUCAAACCAGAGAGCAUGUGAAAAAGUUCUUCUUUUAUCUAGCGGUCGUCGAUGAGACAGCCAGCAUUAAACUGAUGGUAUAUGGAAAAAUACACCAUCAAACGAUCAAGGAAGACAACUUCUACCGGUUCAGAAAGCUAAUAAGAGAUGACAAUGGUGUUGUUAAGGUUACCUCUCAGACCAUAGUGUCACAGAUGAACUCUGUUCCAGUCCCAGAGGAGCUUGAGAUUGAGGCUCGGACACUCAUUUACUCUGAGAGUCCAGUUUACUUCAUCUCCAAGGCCAAAUUAUCUGCUGAUAAGACGGGAGUGAGUGUUCAAGGAACCAUUACAGAGAUUGAUCCUAUCAAACCAGUUACGGUGCAGAACAAAGAGAAGAAAAAGAUGCAAACCUUUCAACUAAGGGACGACACUGAUUCCAUCAGGAUCUGCAUGUGGGGUGAAGAAACCAAGCAAUGCAAAGGAUUGUCAGUUGGAGAUGUUAUUAAGGUCACCAAUGUGAAGACCAACCAGUACUAUGAAACCGUAUCGCUCAGCUCAAAUGCAUUAACCAAAAUUCAAAAGGUUCAAAGUGUUGGCAUCCAGAAUGUGAGCAUUGAGCUUAUAGGAAUCAUAAAAGCCACAAAGAAGGAGACUCACCUGGAGGCAGUCCUCAACCAACAGUCUGCCCUGAGCCGCCUCCAGCGGGUGCAAAAUGCAGCAGCUCGUUUCCUGACGAACACUUCAAGGCGUCAGCACAUCACCCCAGUCCUCUUUUCCCUCCACUGGCUUCCAGUAUCGUUUAGGAUAGAUUUUAAAAUUUUACUUUUUGUUUUUAAAGCCCUCAAUGGCCUCCUACUUAUUUGACAGAACUUCUCUCUGUCCGAAACCCAAACAGGGCGCUAAGGUCCACAAAUCAGUUCCCAAGGGCCAGGUAUAAACACUGGGGGGAUCGAGCCUUUUCCGUCGCUGGGCCCAGACUCUGGAACAAACUACUCCCUGACAUGCGCACCAUCACAGACUUUGGCCUCUUCAAAACUCGGCUCAAAACAUAUCUUUUUAGACUGGCUUUUAAUACACAGUAAUGU